AUGUCAGACACAACCCACGACCUCAGCGCGACCCCCGCGGCGGGGCAGCGGAUCAAGCACGACAAUGUCGUCUACACCACGGUUAAGGAGGGCCUUGCUCACAUCCUCGUCCCCGAAAACACGACGAAGGAUGGUCAGACGGUGCAACAGGUUUUCUACAACCCAAUUCAGCAGUUCAACCGCGACUUGACCAUCCUCGCCAUGAAGGCCUACGGAAAGGAGCGCAUUGCGCUGAAGCAAGCCGCUAGCAAGGCCCGGGCCAACAAGUUUGCCGAUAAGAAACGGAAGCGGAGGGAGCAGGUACAAGGCGAACAACCAUCAAUUGAGACACCAAUGGAGCGGCCGACUAAAUCCCCAAAGCUGGACGAAAAUGCGACCGAGUCCACCGAGGCGCCUGCCGACAUCGCAAUGGCAGACGCGACGGAAGAGCCUGCGCCAGAGGAGCCCACAGAAUCCAAGCAGGAAGCCACUGUCGAUGCUGAAGCAGGGGCGCCGGCAACUGGCGGCACUGAGGCCAAAAAAGAGCCCCAAAUACCAUUCACCAUCCUUGACGCCCUAUCUGCCAGCGGCCUCCGUGCCCUACGUUACGCCCACGAGAUACCGUUUGCCACCACGAUCACGGCCAACGACAUUCUCAAAGCGGCCGCAGCCGCGAUCGGGCGCAACGCCACCCAUAACGGCCUCCAGAACAAGAUCAACAUCUCGGUGGACGAUGCCCUGGCCCACAUGUAUAACGUCGUCGUUAAAGAGCUACGGCGGGUUAGUCUUUCAAAGAACAAGCCCGGGGCGAGCGAUAAGUACGACAUUAUCGACCUCGAUCCCUACGGAAGCGCGGCCCCUUUUCUGGACGCUGCCGUUCAGGCUGUCCGUGACGACGGCGGUCUUCUCUGUGUCACUUGCACGGACUCGGGCGUAUGGGCGUCCAACGGCUACCCGGAGAAGUGCUACUCCUUGUAUGGCGGCAUCCCCGUGAAGGGCUGGUAUUCGCACGAGGUGGGUAUCCGGCUAAUUUUGCACGCGAUCGAGACCUCGGCCGCGAGAUACGGCCUUGCGAUGGAGCCACUACUUUCGCUGUCAGUUGACUACUACAGCCGCGUCUUCGUCCGGAUCAGGAAAUCUCCGUCCAUGGUCAAGUUCCAGGGAGGCAAGAAUAUGGUGGUCUACAGCUGUGGUACCGGCUGCGGCGCUUGGACGACGCAGCUACUCAUGAAGAACAAGCCCGCACCGAACAAGAAAGGCGACGGGAUGUUUUACAAGCACGGCUUCACCAGGGCGCCAACGACAGGAACCUCGUGUGAACACUGCGGGUCAACGAUGCAUCUGGCGGGCCCGAUGUACGCCGGGCGCAUUCACUCACCCGAAUUCGUCAAGAAGGUGAUCGCAGAGACAGAAGAGGCACCCACCGAGAUUUACGGCACCAAGGAUAGAAUCAGGGGUGUGCUGCAGACGGCCCUCGAGGAAUUCCUGCCCUCUCCCGAAGAGAUGGAAGCUGAAUCUAAAGAGAACGGCGACAGCACGAAAAAGCUAAAAAAGAGCCUGACGGAAGCGCAGGUGGCCGCCAUCGAUCCGUACCCUUUCUUCUUCCAUCCAGCGCACGUGUCCGGUGUUCUGCAUUGCGCCAGCCCUCCGGAAAACGCGGUGAGGGGCGCUCUACUCGGUCUUGGAUAUCGCGCCACGCGGAGCCACUGCAAGCCCGGGAGCAUGAAGACGGAUGCCCCAUGGUCAGUCAUUUGGCACGUUUUCAGGGAAUGGGUCCGCCAAAAAGCCCCGGUCAAGGAAGCGAACAUCAAGCCUGGCAGCGUCGCCUACCGGCUCUUGGGCCUGGGGAAGCCGUCCGCGGAGGACCCAGCGCCCGAUGCGGCAGAAAACGGCAACGGAGAGAACCAGGUAACGGACAAGACCGAGGACGCAAUGUCGGAUGAGAAGCCGGCAGAAGAGGAUGCGGUUAAGAAGCUGGAGGUGGUAUUUAACGAGCAGCUUGGACAAUAUCCGGACAGGAAAAAUUGCUCCGCUCCUGCUGACGCCGGCCCACUGCACCCACGCUAG